CCGUGAACGCGCACGCGCCUUUGCGUGCUGUUUCGGCAACUGUUAGAGAGGGAGUUGUAUGACGUCACCCGUGUUCCCCGGGCUAGAAGAAGUACAUGGGGGAAGGGCAGAGAGUGCGGCUGCAAGGUGUAGCCAUGGACAGUAUCAGAUUUGCUUCAGCUGGAGAUGAUGUUAAAAUAUGGGACUCCUCAUCCCUGACUGUUGUAGAACAGUUCAAUCCACACAGUGCAUCACAUCCUGUAUCAUCUUUGUGCUGGAGCAGUAAGAAUCAUUUUCUGGUCACGGCUUCGGGCAGUGGUGAUAAAAUAGUUAUUUCAAGCUGCAAGUCAAAACCUGUUCCCCUUUUGGAGCUCACAGAAGGGAAACAGCAGACCUGUGUAAAUUUAAAUUCAAGUUCUCAGUAUGUAGUCAGUGGUGGUCUCGAUAGCACUGUGAACAUAUGGGAUUUGAAAUCUAAAAGACUUCAUCGAUCGUUAAAGGAUCACAGGGAUGAAGUAACGUGUGUUACAUUUAAUGGGAAUGACUGCUAUGUGGCCUCAGGCUCUUUGAGUGGAGAAAUCAUAUUGCAUAAUGUAACUACCAAUUUAUCCUGCACACCGUUUGGUCAUGGAAGCAGCCAGCCUAUUCGCCAUGUGAAGUAUUCAUUUAUAAAGAAGUUUCUGCUGGGUGCAGUCUCAGACAGUGGUAGUGUAACUCUUUGGGAUGUGAAUACUCAGAGUCCGUAUCACAUGUUUGAUGGUGCUCACAAGGCCCCAGCCUCAGGAAUAUGUUUUUCCCCGGUGAAUGAGUUGCUGCUUGUCACCAUAGGACUGGAUAAAAGAAUUAUUUGUUAUGAUAUAUCCAGCAAAAAGAUUCUGCAGUCAGUUGUGGCCGAAUCACCUCUUACUGCAUUAGAUUACAUGCAUGAUGGAAUAACACUUGCUGUUGGCUCGUCUCGUGGGAAAAUCUACCUGUAUGAUUUAAGAAUGUUAAGCUCACCUGUGAAGACAGUCAGUGCUCACAAAACAUCCGUGCAAUGCAUUCAGUUUCAACACAGCAAUAGUUACAAGAGUAGUAAAGGUUCUUCAAGUAAAUCAUCUUUGAUCUCUUCUUCUAUGAAUAAGAAACCUUCCACCAAGUCAGGAUCUAUUGUCGGAGGAACACAUAGUGCAAACGUAAUCAAAGAUUUGCCAUCGCCAAUGUCUUCAGCAUUAGCUCAGCCAGCACUGGAUAGCAGAGGAAUUGAGCAAAGUGAAGACAUUUUGGGUAUACCACAUAGUUCCAGUCUUGAUGUAAUCCCAUCAAAAGAAAAUGUUUACAACAAAAGUUCUGAAUUAAAAUCCAUGGAUUCGUUUGGAAGAAGUAGCUUAGGUGACAUAUUCUCUCCUGUGAAGGAUGAUGCACUUCAUCUUAAAGGAGCUGAGGACUUUGUCUUUAAAGGAAACGAUCUUGAUUAUCAUGCCCAAUUCAAUUCUAUGCCUUCAAGAAGAAAUCCUGUUGGAGCCAACUCUCAAGGUAUACAUUCAUCCCCAUUGCAUCUAAUAAUUGGAAGUCCAAUUAAAGAAGAAGACGAAAGUCCAGAGACAGAGCUGAAAACAACAAAGCCAUAUUUUUCAAAAUCAGAUGUGAAAGAAGGUGCCUGGCAGCAAUCGAAAAUACAGACUGCAGAGCUGAUUAACCUCAAUACUUCACCUGUUCCUCUAUCUCGGACUCCAGAUGCAAUGGAAAGAACAGGGAAGCAAACUAUGUCUCAGUUAAAACCUGAUUUUCCUCCAAAUGGCACCAAGGUGGCAACUCCCUACAAGGUACCUGCAUCCAUCAGCACAGAGGUUGCAAAUUCAUUGUCAGAAAAAAUAGCAGAUUCCCUCACCAGCGACCGAAGUGGAGCUCCGUUAACAUCUGUUCAGAUUAACUUCAUCAAGAAUAUGAUUGAAGAAACACUUGAUGAUUUCCGGGAAGCGUGUCACAGAGAUAUAGUGAAUUUGCAAGUGGAAAUGAUAAAACAGUUUCAUAUGCAGUCGAGUGAAAUACACAUGUUACUUGAACGCUAUUCUGUCAACGAAAGUUUGGUCGCUGAAAUUGAAACACUACGGGAGGAGAACAAAAAAUUACGUGCUAACUUUUAGGAGGAUACUUUGUGUAAUUUUGACUGUUUCAUGCUAUAUGGACGGAGUAUUUUUUUUCCCCCUGAAUAUCUCAUCAUAACUUUAUUAUAAAGCUUUGAGUCUCUGAAUAUGGAGCAUUGCACUACUUGGCAAGGGAACAUUCUCUUUCCCUUUCUGCCAUGCAAAGGUUAAACAUGCCUCUAUCGCUCUGAAAUGUUUUUUUUAUUAAUAAAGCAACAGUGUCAUCUGUUUUAUGCAAUCAUACUUAAAGUAUCUUAAAUUUUACUUAAAUGACACCAGCAGCAGCAAGCUUCCAAAAUAAUUCACAGCAGGAUGACAUUCAUUGACACUGAAUCUAAAAAAAAAAAAAAAAAAUGCAGUUAUCAAGUGCAUUUAUAUGUAGUGUUUUCCUAUUCUGCCUGUUCUAGCACUUAAUGUUUUGUAUUUUUACUUUAUGGUGAUUAUCUACGCCUGGGACAAAGUUCUAAAGGUUGAUCAACAUGGCACAAGUAUUCCAUUGGUUUAAAUGAUGAUGGCUUUGUUUAUUGAAGAACUUUUUCUCCAGAACGACUGCUAACCCAUAUCCUCCAGUACCAAGCAAUCCAUAUAUUUGUAGCACACGUGUAUACAAUUUCGGAACUGCAGUUCAUUCUGAAAAAAUAUUUUGGGAAGCUUUAUUUGUAUACCCAAGUGCCUCAGAAUAAUUUUUUGAAUUUUUUUUUUUUUUUUUUUUUUAAGUAAAGGGACUUUUUCAAUCUUGAGUUGACAUACAGGUUUUUUAAAAGAAGUAUUUUCAUUAGUUUAAGAGCAUAUAUAGAAAGAAUGAAUCCUUUUAAUAUGAAUCCUUGCAUACGUGUGUAUAGUUUUAAAUAUAAAUUGUAUUUAUUUAGAAAAAUAAAGUAUGGAUCUAAUGAUAUCAAGGAGUUAUC